AUGAAGAAAAAACAAUUUUUCCAAAUUGUCGAAAGUAACGAUUUGUCUGCACAGCCCGAAAAUUCGGCGCUUGAUUUAUCCAUCCUGUCCGAAAAUUCGUCGCUUCAUUUGUCCGCGAAUUCCACUUUAGACUUUCAUAAGUCGGAAAAAAAAAAAAACCAAAAUUUAAGUGAAACACAGCUCUCUCACAGUUCGCAUGAUAUUUUUAACAAUGUCACCAAGAGGAAUGCGUUAAAUUUCUUAGGUUUGCGUAAUAAAAAAGAAAAUGCUGAUAAUUUCCAGGGGAAAAAUAAUGAACGAGAAAAGGGCACUCGCGAUGCACAUGUGAAAAGUGUCAACCAUGAGGUGGUUCAUACCCCUGGAGUAAAUACCCAAGGUUUAAAAUGUGAAAAUGGAGAGUGCAUACCAAAUGGGGUGUCACCAUGUACGGUGGAGUUUCCGCCUCCAAAUGAGGGUGACAACAGUUGGAACAAUGCGCUCGGUGAGGAUGGCGCUAGUACACCCCUUAGCAGGGGAAACGAUGCAAGAGAAAACAAAGACAGCAGCCAUUUUUACUGCUUGAAACAAAUUAUUCACAACAAUUUAAAUAAUAACUACGACAAAAGUGAGGUGAAGAUUUUCAACAUUUAUCAUGAUAACAGGGCAGAGUGUUUAUUUAAUGAUGCAAGUGUAAUAAAAUUUUACGGACAUGAAAAUGUAUGCAUAUAUGAAAAUAGAAGCUACAUAUGUGCGAAAAUAGAAGCGAACUUGUUCCAUCAAAAUGGGGAAACAGAAAAGGAAAAAGAAGACAGUUUUGACGCAGAUAGGGACAUUUAUGAAUAUUUAUACAAGGAAAAAAUGAAACUGAACAGUGAUAAUGGCAAAGACAAGGGGAAUUAUCUUCAGAAUGGAAUAAUAACUAAAUGUGGCGAUUGUCACGAGCAAGUGCAACAGUGUUUCCAAUUUUAUAUGCACAAGUAUCCACCUUUCUUGAGGGAAAAAAUAAAAAUAUUCAUACAUUUAUAUAACAUGUUUAGCAUAUACCCCUACAUCAAUCACAAAUUUGUUGAAGAAGAAAUAUACUCGAAAAAUUUAAAAAUUUCCUCGUCCUUUGAAAAAAUUGUGCACAUAAAAUGGCGUUUUUAUCCUGAACAAGAAUUAAGAGAAAUGCUAAGUGGCGCUGUGCUAAAUAAAAAAAGGGAAUACUCUCUGCAGGAAAGUUUUCUCCAAGUGGACGAUUACAUCGGCGUCAAUUUUUUAACGCAACAAGUGAAAGUGCGCGACGCGGGUCUCCCACACGAUGGUGAUGACGGAAAUAGUAACUCCAACUACAUACUUCUAAACGGCAACGGGCUGUCCUUUUCUUCCUACUACCAUUUAAUCGUCCCGUACCACAGGCACAUUAACAAAAGCGAAAAGGAGGUGGACAAAAAGAAUAGUGACUACAAUUUAAGUUAUGAAUACGUUUACCUUUCGCAGCUAUUUAACAUUUACGAUAAUUUUCACGUGUGCUUUUUGUAUCCCUUAUUUGUCUCAUACUUUUUUUAUUACCACUUAUUUUUCAAGAGGGAUAGCUGCACGAGUGCAGCUCCUCCUCCGACGCUUCCAUCUUCAACAGCAUUAGCUGUCUCAGAAAAGAAGGGUGCGAAAGAAGGGGCCUAUAACAGCACCUGCGAGGAGGCCUAUGCAAACCAGAUAGACGACAUAUAUGCCAAAUUGACAAAUUGUGUGAAGGAAACCAUUUCGAAUACGCAAAGUGCGAAUUUCAAGAUAAAGGACGGUAUCAUUGAAUUUUUAGUUCCACAGAGUUGUUACAAAAAUUGUGAAGAACCGGAGUUUCUGGCGGACAAAUCGCACCACCUACCCCUGCUAUACGUCGUAUGCAUAAGUAAGCACGGCGUGGGCAACAGCUUGGGGGGUGUUAAUUAUGUCCUCCACCAUAGUGGUAGCGAUAAUAGCGAGCGCAGAACAAGUGUAGAAAACAAUCUGAUUACCUUCCCCCCGAACUCCGCAAGCGUAAACAGCUACCACGCGUAUGGUCAUACACACCCCAUCCACACCAGGGGGGUUUAUUCCAGUGAGGAGGACCUUCAUAAAACAAAGGCAGACGAAGAGCAGUGGGCGUGCGAAUCGCGCGAUAACAAUGUAUACUGCAAUGAAGUUAAAGAAUUCAAUAACUUGCGAACAAUUUUCCCGGAACGUAUGAAACAGUAUUUUAACACAUGCAACAAAAUUGAUAACAUCAUAAAAGUUAGCGUAAGGAAUGAUGGUGUGUGUUUUCUGUAUGUAAGGAACAUCUUCAGUGAGUAUAUUUUCUUUUCAUAUUUCAUCCUAUUUAACGCUUUUGAAAAUCUUGUUCACUUGAUGAAUAGGGGGAAGGACGGCGGAACUCAUGGGGGGCAACGCUGGGCAAGGCUUCAUCAAAAUGGUCAAACUACGAGGGGUCACAUAGCAAGUGGAGACCUACUCAAUAUGGAGCCUACUCAUCAGCGCGGCAAUUUUUAUAACAACAUUUUGGAGAACUCACCCCCCUGGUAUCAUCCAAACUUGGGACGGCGCGAAGGCGAAGUAGUCACCUUUGCAAACAUCGAGCACACAUUCGAAAUGAGCAACAUAAACAACAGUUACAACGACUUUUACAUUUGCGAAAAUAAAAAAAUGAACACCUUUAAGCUGAUUAACAUAAUGAAUCAGGAAAAAGAAAAAAUAUUAACGGCGUACUAUUUCGAGAACAAGGAAUUAACGCCGAUUUUUUUUUUACGAUUGUCCAACAUACAUAUUUAUGAUAUAAACAAACAACUGAAUUCAGUUUUUGAAUAUAUAAAUUACAAUAACAAAACUUUUACCCCUUUUUUAGAAAAGUACGCAAAAUACGAAAUGAAUGUUCAGCUGGAUUUGCUAGAAAAUAUGUAUAACAUUAACAACGAAUUGUAUUUGCUGUAUACAAAAAAAAUUAAUUACUCUCACGAUAUUUACAAAUAUAAUUACCUAUACGUACAGGAUUAUUUAUUAAAAAAUUACAUCCUAUAUUACAAUAUUUAUUUUCGGGUACGUGAGGAAAUGAAAAAGAAUGAAUACUACAAGCUCAAAUACACCAACAGGAAUAAGCAGACCAUAUCAGUCCACUUCACCGUUUCGUUUAAUUAUGUCUAUGAUAGGGUGAAUUCUCAUUUUGAGCUGAAACCAACUCAUUAUAUAACCCACCUCGAGUCUGACUACCCCCACGAACAAAUCGAUGCCGAAAAUUACAUUGCGUUUAUUAGCAAGUAUGUGCACAGCAAAUACGUAAUGUGA